CCGAUUCCUCUCCUCCCUUCUAUAAAAUCCUCCUCGCUUCGCCCUCCUCCAUUCUAUCUCAACCCCACACAUAAAUCCCCUUUUACCAAAGGAGAACAUUAAAACAUCGCCCUACUCUUCGUUUUCUUCAAGCGGAAAACAGGAAACUGAGGCUUUCCCUUCUCAAAUGGCACCGAGGGAGAAAACGGCGGCCGUCAAGGGUACUGGGAAUAAUAACGAGGUUCAUUUUAGAGGAGUAAGGAAGCGUCCAUGGGGGCGUUACGCUGCUGAGAUCAGAGAUCCAGGGAAGAAGAGCCGUGUUUGGCUAGGAACCUUUGAUACGGCCGAGGAAGCAGCCAGAGCCUACGACGCCGCCGCUAGGGAAUUUCGCGGCGCCAAGGCCAAGACUAAUUUUCCGGUCCCUUGUGAGAAUCUCAGCAAAGGUAAUAACUGUAAAAGUAAUGGUAACAACAACCAACAUAGCCCUAGCCAGAGUAGCACCGUGGAAUCCUCGAGCCGUGAGCCGGCGCUCAUGGUUGACUCUUCGCCUUUAGAUCUCAACCUCGUACAAGGUGAGGCGGUUACCGGUUACGUGCCUACGGCUGUUAGAUUUCCUUUCCAGCAAGCUUCACCGGUGCCAUAUAUUGCGGGCCGCAAAGUUUUCUACUUUGAACCGUUCGUUCGGCCUGGUGCAGUGAAAGGACACCCAUUUCAACGGUUUGGAUUCGAUCAUCAUGAUCUUCAUGCGACGUUUAAUGGUGUACAAAGCGACUCUGACUCAUCAUCCGUCGUUGAUUUGAACCACCAUGAGGUCAAGUCGCGCCCGCUUCUCAAUAUCGAUCUCAACCAACCUGCCGUUCCGGAAAUUGCCUGAUUUUUUUAAUAUUCGCAGAUCGUCAAAGCGGAAAGGUCAAAAAAACGAGUUUUUUAAAUUUUCGUUGUUUAAACAUAUUUUCUUAGCAGUCCCAAGGAAAUAUCGAAGGUAGAUUUUAGAGAAAAUGAGACCCAAAAAAAAAAAGAGAUAAAUUUACGGCAACAGCUGUGAUAUUUUGAUGUGAUCUAUCGUGGCAAUCGACCGGCCCAGAUUAUGUGAAUAGUUAGCUCAAGAACUUUUUUUGCAGCAGAUAAACAUCAGUUUGUCUGUUGUUUUAAUAACUAAUUACUGUAAUUUUUCCCCCUAUGAAUUAAGCACAACAAGUUUCCCCUUUUUUUGAUUGACGUA